AAGUUGAGACUAGAGACCAGCGAGAACAGCUUCAAACCGGUUUCAACACCCAGCAACAAAAGCCGCUACUGCAACCUUCCCCCUCAGUUGCCUCAGCUUGCUACAGAAGAGUGAACAAGAUGAUGUUAUCUUUCAGAAGAUGCUGUUUGUGCAUUAGUGUUUUACCAUAUUAUUGCAACGCGCAAUGAUAUUUAAAGUAUUGGUCGGAGGUCCAGGGGCCAGCUAGCCUUAGCCUAUCCAUCUGGCUGCUUGAAGCUGACCAAAUAGAAACAUCAGUCUUUCUGCAGGUGACUGGACAUUUGAGGAACACUCAGACCUUACCUCAGCACACAAACAACAACAACAACAACAUGACUCUCCCGAGCACAAAGAAAGCCCUGGACGGUGGCUGGGGUUGGGCCGUGGUGGUGGCUUCUUUCCUGGCCCUCUUCCUGGCCUACGGGUCACCCCAGUCUGUUGGAGUGCUCUACCCAGAGUGGCUGAGCACGUACCAGGAAGGCAAAGGCAUGACCGCAUGGGUGGGCUCCCUCGUGUCUGGCGUUGGCCUGAUUGCAAGUCCCAUUUGCAGUGCAUGUGUGGUGAACUUCGGAGCCAGGCCAGUCACCAUCUUCAGUGGGGUCAUGGUGUCCGGGGGUCUGAUGCUGAGUGCUUUUGCACCCAAUGUCCAGUUCCUCAUCUUCUCCUACGGCAUAGUAGUCGGAAUAGGCUGUGGUUUGGUCUAUGCUGCUACCAUGACAAUCACCUGUCAGUAUUUUGACAAGAGGCGUGGCCUGGCUCUUGGGAUUGUCUCCACAGGUACAAGUGUCGGAGGUUUCAUCUACGCCACGGGUCAGAACGAGCUGAUCGAGCUCUUCGGCCUGGACGGCUGCCUGCUGAUCAUCGGCUCGCUUGCACUCAACAUCAUCGCCUGCGCUGGACCCAUGAGGCCUCUGCACAUCCCCACUUACUACCUCAAACAGAAGGCCGCCGCCCUGGAGAAGGCCGAGGGUCAGCUCCUGGAAAAAGUCGUGACCUCUGACCUUGACCCCGUCAAGCCGGUAGCGAGCGACCACAAGACAGCCGCCGAUGACCCGCCGAUGGCGACGGAGGGCGUCAAGGAGCCCGCGGAAGCCCCGUUGGCGUUCGAGCGAAGCUUCUCCAUCUGCGCCCUGCUGGUGGAGGUCAUCAAGACCAAGCAGAAGUCCUACUCGACCUACCUGCGCUCCACGGCCGACCUCUUCCAGGACCGCGUGUUCGGCGCGCUCUGCGUCACCAUCUUCCUCUUCAGCCUGGGCGCCUUCCCACCACUGCUCUUCAUGGAGGACGUGGCGCAGAGCGAGGGCCUCGUCGACGGCGUCAGCCUCCUCCCGCUGGUGUCCAUCGUCCAGGUGGCUGGCGUGCUGGGCAAGCUGGGCCUUGGCAUGAUGACGGACAUCCGCUGGAUGAACAGCGUCUACCUCUACGCCUUCACGGCCGUCGGCGCGGGCACGGCGCUGCUUGCCAUCCCUGCCACCAACAGCUACGCCGGACUUCAGGUCAUCUCGGCGGCCAUCGGGUUCAUGUCAGGGAACUGGUCUAUCACGCCGUACGCCACCACGAAGGUUGUGGGCAUCGACCGGCUCACUGAGGCCCACGGGAUACUCAUGUUCUUCGGUGGUUUCGGGAUCAUGCUGGGACCUCCAGUUGUAGGCUGGUUCUUCGACUGGAUGCAGUCCUACGACUUGGCCUUCUACUUCAGCGGAGGCUGUGUGCUGCUGGGGGGCUUCCUCCUCUUCCUCGUCUCCUCCCUUCCCUGCAGGCCCAGGGCCAGGGGAGACUCCCCCCCCUCCGACCCACAAUACACUAACGACCUGGUGGCGGCCGUGGCCUAAGCUAUACUACAGCAACCGCCUCGUCUAAAGUCUAAUACAGCUACAACCUGCCUCUGGGAGGAAAAAGAUGUUUAUUUUGAAGCAAGGGAAAAGGCAGUGUGGUUUAUUUAUUUCCUGAAAUGCAGUUAAAACCUUUUUUUUUCUAGAACGGUAACGGGCUGUUCCAGCUUGUCCAAAAUUGUGUUGCUAAAGCGUAAGGCAUGUUCAGUUAUUCGAUCUUACUCUACCAUGGGACCUUAUAAGAGUUUAACGGUUCUGCAGGGUUAUUUUGUUCUGGCCUUGUUCUAAGAGGCCCUGAGUACAGUUUCACACAUAACGUAAACAGCUAAGUGAUGGUUUAUGUUUACAGUUACAGAGAUUGUAAUUUAAGUUACCACAGAGAAAUGGGUGACUCCCUUUUUAAUAUCAUAACUAAAUGCAGCAAGGGGUUGCAGAAACACUAGAAUGGAACUCUCACGCUGUAUUGAAAAGCUGUCGAGAAAUCUUCUCACCAGUUUGGAAGGAAAAACUUUUUUUUUCUGAUAUACUUUAAUAUGCAAAACAUAAACAAAUAACAGUUGGUGUGUGAGUGAAUGAGUAAUACAACGAGAGUUGGUAUACUUUUAAUUUGUUAUUUUAUGUAUUGUUUUUAUUGUUGUCAGUAUUAUUAUUAGCUUAUCUGUUGUCUUUGUGUAUAUGUAACCAAAGUGAUACAGUAUGUCUUAAGUUGAUAUUCUGGAUUAGCUAGCCUUUCUGAUGUAUUGAUUCAGCCUUACUGUCACUUGUAGAUACAGUGGGGUGAAUAGGUGCCCUUCUGCUUUGCCCAAACAAGGCAAAUUGGGCAUAAUUUAGAUUUGUUAGCAUCCUCCAGUCAAGUCACUGGGUUGAUUGAUUUUUUUUUGUUUGUUUGUUCGUAUGUUUUUUUAGUUUUUGUUUUGUUUCUGGACAAACAAACGAUAUGUGUGAAGCAAUAUGUAUGACGCGCACACCAUAAGGGGACCUGAAUAUAUGUGCUUAUUUUAAUUUGUAGCCACCAUUUCAAUUACAAUGGAUGCUGUAACUCACCCCGGCCUUCGUAGGCAACGUUUGCAAUACAUGCACUGAUAUGGUCUAAGUGUUGAUGCCAUUUUGUAUGUUCCUUAUCCCAACAUGGACCUGAAAAUAUUGUUGUUUACUUGAAAAAAAAAUGUCUUUUUAAUAUUUGUAUCAUAAAACCACAAAUCCCUUUGAUAUCCCAGACUGAGAUAGCAGUCUGACCCAAGACAUGCUGUUUUUGUUAUUUAUGUAUUUAUGACUACAAUGGUUCAUUUGCCUUAUUUUUUUAAAUAAAAUAUUGACACAUUUUUUGUAAUAAAAA